CUUUGCGUCCGGCUGCGUCCGGAGCUCGCGGUCCCCUCGCCGCUCCGUGGCCUCGGCUCUUGCAGGCUCGGCCUGUGUCCCUGUGAGCUGCGGGUACCGGGAGGCGUACGGCCGGGACGCCGGGACCCCUGGAAGGCCGGAAAUGGAACCACUGACAUUUAAAGAUGUGGCCAUAGAAUUCUCUCUGGAGGAGUGGCAAUGCCUGGACACCGCACAGCGGGAUUUAUAUAGGCAUGUGUUGUUAGAGAAUUACAGAAACCUGGUCUUCCUGGGUAUUGCUGUCUGUAAGCCAUAUCUGAUCACCUGUCUGGAGCAAAAAAAAGAACCCUGGAAUAUGAAGAGAUGUGAGAUGGUAGCCAAACCCCCAGUUAUGUGUUUUCAUUUUGCCCAAGACCUUUGGCCAGAGCAGAACAUAAAAGAUUCUUUCCAAAAUGUGACACUGAGAAGAUAUGGAAAAUGUGGGCAUGAGAAUUUACAGUUAAGAAAAGGCUGUAAAAGUGUGGAUGAGUGUACGGAGCACAGAGGAGGUUAUAACAGAGUUGACCAAUGUUUGACAGCUACCCCAAGCAAAACACUGCAGUGUAAUAAAUAUGUGAAAGUCUUUCAUAAAUUUUCAAAUUCAAGUAGACAUAAGAAAAGACAUACUGGAAAUAAACAUUUCAAGUGUAAAGAAUGUGGCAAAUCAUUUUGCAUGCUUUCACAAGUAAUGCAGCAUAGAAGAUUUCAUACUAGAGUGAAUUCUUACAAAUGUGAAGAAUGUGGCAAAGCCUUUAAACUGGACUCACACCUUUCUAUAUAUAAAAGAAAUCAUACUGGAGAGAAACCUUACAAAUGUGAAGAAUGUGGCAAAGUCUUCAGUCGGUCCUCACACCUUACUACACAAAAGAUGCUUCCUAGUGGAGAGAACCUCUACAAAUGUGGAGAAUGUGGAAAAACUUUUAAUCUAUUCUCAAAUCUUACUAACCAUAAGAGAAAUCAUGCUGGAAAGAAACACUACAAAUGUCAAGAAUGUGGCAGAGCUUUUAACAUAUCCUCAAACCUUAAUAAACAGGAGAAAAUUUACACUGGAGAGAAACUCUACAAAUGCGAAAAAUGUGGCAAAACUUUUAACCGAUCUUCAAACCUUACUAAACAUAAGAGAAUUCAUACUGCAGAGAAAUCCUACAAAUGUGAAGAAUGUGGCAAAGCCUUUAACCAGUCCUCAACUCUUAUUAUUCAUAAGAUAAUUCAUACUGGAGAGAAACCCUACAAAUGUGAACAAUGUGGCAAAGCUUUUAACCAAUCUUCAAACCUUACUAAACAUAAAAAAAUUCAUAUGCCAGAGAAAUCCUACAAAUGUGAAAAAUGUGGCAAAGCUUUUAACCAACCCUCAAACCUAAUUAACCAUAAGAAAAUUUAUACUGGAGAGAAACCAUACAAAUGUGAAGAAUGUGGAAAAGCUUUUAAUCGAUCCUCAACCCUUACUAGACAUAAGAAAAUUCAUACUGGAGAGAAACCCUACAAAUGUGAAGAAUGUGGCAGAGCUUUUAGCCAGUCUUCAAACCUCACUGAACAUAAGAAAAUUCAUACGGGAGAGAAACCCUACAAAUGUGAAGAAUGUGGCAAGGCCUUUAACCGAUUCUCAACCCUUACUAAACAUAAAAGAAUUCAUACUGGAGAAAAACCCUAUAAAUGUGAAGAAUGUGGGAAAGCUUUUAAUCAGUCCUAUCAACUUAGUAGACAUAAGAUAAUUCAUACUAAAGAGAAAUUCAAAGAAUGUGAAGAAUUUGGCAAGGCCUUUAAACAGUCCUCACACCUUACUCUACAUAAAAUUAUUCCUACUGGAGAGAAACCCUACAAAUGUGAAGAAUAUGGCAAAGUCUUUAACCAGUCCUCACAUCUUACUACACAAAAGAUAAUUCAUACUGGAGAGAAACUCUACAGAUUGGAGGAACAUGGAAAAACUUUUAGCCUAUUCUCAAACAUUACUAACCAUAAGAGAAUUUAUACUGGAGAGAAACCCCACAAGUGUGAAGAAUGUGGAAAGGCUUAUAACCGAUUCUCAAACCUUACUAUACAUAAGAGAAUUCAUACAGGAGAGAAACCUUACCAAUGUGCAGAAUGUGGCAAAGCCUUUAACUGCUCCUCGACUCUUAAUAGACAUAAGAUAAUUCAUACUGGAGAGAAACCUUACAAAUGUAAAGAAUGUGGCAAAGCUUUUAACCUGUCCUCAACCCUUACUGCACAUAAGAAAAUUCAUACUGGAGAAAAACCUUAUAAAUGUGAAGAAUGUGGCAAAGCUUUUAACCAAUCCUCAAACCUUACUACACAUAAGAAAAUUCAUACUUCAGAGAAACCUUACAAAUGUGAAGAAUGUGGCAAAUCCUUUAACCAGUUCUCAUCUCUUACUAUACAUAAGAUAACCCAUACUGGAAAGAAACCCUACAAAUGUGGAGAUUAUGGCAAAGCUUUCAACCUGUCCUCAAACCUUACUACACAUAAGGAAAUUCAUACUGGAGAGAAGCCCUACAAAUGUGAAGAAUGUGACAGAACUUUUAAUUCAUCCUAAAAACUUACUACACGUAAGAAAAUUCAUACUGGAGAGAAACUCUGCAAGUAUGAAUAAUGUGGUAAAGCCUUAAACCAAUCUUCUUUUCUACACAGAAGACCUUUUAUACUGGUGAGAAACCCUACAAAUGUAAAAAAUGUAGCAAAGCUUUUAACUUACCUUCAAACCUUACUGAACGUGAGAAAAUUCAUACUAGAGAGAACCCUACAAAUGUCAAAACUGUGGCAAAGCCUUUAACUGGUCCUCAACUUUCACUAAACAUAAGGUAAUUUAUACUGGAGAGAAGCCAUACAAAUGAGAAGAAUGUGGCAAUGCCUUUAAUCAGUCCUCACACUUUUCUACACAAGAUAAUUUAUACUGGAGAGAAACUACAAUUGUGAAGAAUGUGGUAAAGCUUUUAACCAAUUCUCAUACCUUUCUAACCAUACAUACUGGAGAGAAAUGCUUCAAUUGUGAAGAAUGUGGCAAAGCUUUUAACCUAUCCUCAACCCUUACUGCAGACAAGAAAAUUCAUAUUGGAGAGAAACUACAAAUGUGAAGUCUGUGGCAGAGCCUUUAACCGAUUCUCAACAGUACAUAUAAGAGUAUUUAUAUUGGAGAGAAACCCUACAAAUGUAAAAAAUACGGCAAUGCCUUUAACUGGUCCUCACACCUUGCUACACAUAAGACCAUUUAUACUUGAGAGAAACUCUGAAAAUACGAGUAAUGUGGCAACAUUUAACCAAUCCUGAAACCUCAAUAACCAUAAGCUAAUUGAUACUGAAAACUUCAGCACUGUUGGUGGUCAAGGCAAGCACAUCAGGAGGUCUAGAGAUUGAGACCAUCCUGGCCAACAUGGUGAAACCCCAUCUCUAC